AUGGAAGAACAAGCCAAAAUAUUAAUGACUUCAGAAUUUUUACACAGAAAUUUUACCAGCACUGAACUACUUAUGCCUCUUAAAGGAUUUCGUCAAUUUGUAGCUAUAACCUAUUUAGUUUGUAAUUUAAUUGGAUUUAUUGCAAAUUCUUGGGUAUUUUUUGUUGUGGCGCCUUUGCUUUGGUUAGGCCAUGUAAGAGUUCCAAAGUCUAUUCUUUUCCAUAUUCUUGCACUUUGUGUAUCUGAUUUGGCUACAAUGUGUGGAAUGGUUCUUCUAAAUUUGGAAAUACUUAGCGGAACUUGGCGUUUUGGACUAGCUGGCUGUCGAGCCUAUUUACUUUUUGAUUCCUUAAAUAAAUUUUCUGCCCCAGCAAUUGUUUUGUUAAUUUCCCGUACUUGUUAUUCAAUAAUAUGUUUGGAUAAAGGCCGUUUACGUCAAACAACAAAUAAUAAUAGUGGUGUUAAAACAGCUUUUAUUCAAGUUAUGGUUGCUUUGGCAAUUGUUUUGUGUCUUCUUUGGCCUUUACUUGUUUACUCUCAAGUAACUGAAAUUGUUGUACGUAUUGACAGACAUAAACGACAAGAACUGUUUGUUCGUAAAUGUGCCUUUUUACCUCCUCCAAAUGUUGAAUUGCUUUUUAAUAUUGUUGUCAGUAUAACUAGUUAUUGCAUUCCUUUUGCCGGCUUUCUCUUUUGGUAUGCAUCCGUUCCUUUCUUCCUUUGGAGGAGAAAAGAACUUUUGAGCCAGAAUCCAUCCUCCUCAUUAUCUACCCAAAGUCAUCCACCAAUUUCUAUUAAAUCUGGAAUUACGGGAAGUGGGGGUAUUCCAAACAGUUUUCCUGCACCUUCUGUUGCCGUUAUUCGAAGAGUUGUGGUUACCGUUGUUGUAUUGGCAAUGGUCUAUUUGGUCUGUUGGACACCUUAUUGGAUUGGGAUGUAUGCCCAAAGACUUUUUCAUUUGAGAAUGACUAAACAGACUGUAAUUGCCAUGUAUUAUGUACAUUUAAUGCCAUAUAUUUCCUGUGCGGCAUACCCGGCAAUUUUCACUUUAUUUAAUCGCCCAAUACGCUCAGCCCAUUAUCAAUGGAGGCGGUCAAUGCAGAGAAGAAUGAACGGAAGUCAGUUGGUGAGGAGAGUGAGAGAUGUUUUAGUAACUAGAACAGAUAGUCAAAGGUCAAUGAACAGAAGAGGGACAACAAAAAUUUCUAGCAGUAUUUUAAGAGAAAGACCGAGUAGUUGUGAGAUGGAAAGACACCAAAGUUGUGUGUUACUGACAAGAAAAGAAUCCCCUUUGGCUGCUGUCAGUUUUUGA